AUGGUAGAAUGCUGCAGGGGAUUUCCUCUAGUCAUUUUAGUGAUUGGAAAAUCUUUGUGCCGGAAGUCUGCUGCAGAAUGGCGUAAGAGACUUAGGGAAUGCUCUAAAGCUGUUUCUAUUCUUUCCGAAGAUGAAAUUCUCGAUUGUCUUCAAAGCAGUGUGGAAGCCUUGAAUGAUAAUCUAGUAGCCAAGGAAUGUUUCAUGGACCUUGGUUCAUUCCCUGAAGACCAGAGGAUUCCUGCCCCUACCCUUGUUGAUAUGUGGGCAGAAUUGUAUAACCUGGAUGAAGAUGACACCAUUGCCAACCUCCACAAACUCUCUGAAAUGAAUCUGAUUGAAAUUUUAGUUACAAGGAAAGAUGCAAACGAAGACGGCUCCUAUAAUGAGCAUUUUGUCACACAGCAUGACCUGCUCAGGGAGCUGGCCAUCCGUGAAAGCAACUCAAGAAGCAAUGAGCACAGGAAACGAGUAUUAUUGGAGAUAAUGGAAAAUAAAAUCCCUAAGUGGUUGAUGGAACAAGAUAAGCUAUCAAUCAGGGCCAAACUCUUAUCUAUCUCAACAGAUGAAAAAUUCUCAUCAAGUUGGUCCACCAUGCAAGCGCCGGAAGUUGAGGUUUUACUUCUGAAUUUUCAGACAGAGAAAUACUCAUUGCCUGAGUUCAUAGAAAGAAUGAAUAAGCUAAAAGUUUUAGCACUUCACAAUUAAUGGUUCGUUCCAGCUGAAUUGGGCAAUUUCCCACUUCUUGGUUCUUUAUCAAAUCUAAAGAGAAUAAGACUGGAGAAGGUUUCCAUCCCAUCCCUUUUCUUGACUUCAAUGAAAUGGAGGAAGCUAGAAAAGAUGUCCUUGGUUAUGUGCAAUAUUCACGAAGCUUUUAAUAAAUCUACCAACAAUAUUUCGGAUGCAUUCCCAAAGAUAGUCGACCUCACCAUUGACUACUGCAAUGAUCUGGAGGAAUUGCCGACAGGAUUCUGUGAUCUUGUCUUGCUAAGAAAGCUCAGUAUCACAAAUUGUCAUAAGCUUUCGGCACUGCCAGAGGACAUGGGAAAUUUACUUGAUUUGGAGGUCCUAAGGCUCAGCUCCUGCAUCGAAUUGACAGAGUUACCGGGCACAAUCGGUAGACUUCAUAAGUUGCAGAUUCUUGACUUAUCCGAAUGCUUAAGUGUAACAGAAUUGCCAGAACAGAUCGGUCAGUUGCAUGAUCUGAGAAAGCUCUACAUGAUAGAUUGCUCAAGUUGUGAAUUGCCAUCAUCAGUUGGAAUCGUUUCGAACCCUGCCUUCCAUCUCUGACGAUAAAGGUACAUAAGGAAAACAACUUGAACUGGCUUGGGUAGCCAUCGUUUUAUGAUAAUGAUUAUUCUCCAAGAUUUCUGGCGAGCCUUUAAUUUGUAAUGAUGUCAUUGUGCUUUCCUUUAAUGCAUAGAAAGAUGGUGUGAUUCUGUUAUUUGUUAGUAGCCCUUGUUAAAAAUCGUAUUAUAAUGGCGUGGAUCAAAUGUGAAGCCAUUUUUCCUUGCAAAAAGACGUUUCCUCAUGAACCCAAAACGCAGCUUGCCAGCAAUUUCUAAGCGCUGCAAUAUUUGACUACAUUUGAUGGAUUUUUGGUUUGAGGAUUAUUAGAUUCCAUUUGGACGAGCUUAUUUGAA